AUGACACCUGAUAAUAUGAAUAGCAAAAAUGAUUUCGAAGAUAAGGAGAAUAUCGGUCAAUCUGUCCAUAUGGGGCACAAGUCACAGUCGACUAUCUUGUCUUCUCCGCCACUUGAUAAACGUCUAAGGGAGAAUCACCUAACAACAAGUCACCAAACAACAAAGAUGAGGAAAUUCACACCAACAGCUAGUAGGUCGACCGGAUUUACGAUAUCUGAUGUACACAGACUUCGUCAACAAAUUAAUGAAAAAGAGCAAGAUCUGGACCUGUUGAAUACUAGUCUUGUAACUUUAAGAACUCAGAUACAAUCACAAUCAUUGAACAAUUUCACCCUAGAGAGCAAGUACUUAAACUUAGUUACGCAAUUGACAGAAUUGAAGCUGAAUAUAGAAAAUUUGAAUGAUUUUGAAGAGUCUUCCAUGAGAGAGUUGCAGCACAAAUUUGAUAUAACGAGUCAAAAGAUGAUGGUGCAACAUCAAGAGAGGUUGAACCUGAAAAAAGAGGAAAUUGCCGCUGAGAUAGAUAAGAUGCUCCAGGAGAAACAGGGUAAGUAUUUGGAUGUUAUUGAAAAGUUGAAUAGUAGUGUAAAAAGUCUUGAAGAGGUGAAGGAAGAACUAGGCACCGAAUUGGAACAAAGAAUAGAUGCAGCUAAAAAAUCAUUCCAAGAGGAAGCUGAAUCUCGUCGGAACAAAUUGGCAAAAUCCAGGUCAGUUAAUGAGGAGAAAUCUGCCUCCGUAAAGCAUACUAUCAGUGACCUCAAGAAGGAGAUCAUUGAAAUUAACGAAAUUAGCAUACCAAGUAAGCAAAAAGAGUACACUAGAUACGACUCCAUACUUCAUCAAUUACAGUCCAAAAACUCUGAAAAGCAGAAGGAAAUUGAUUCUACAAGGAACUUUAUAGCAAAUAAGAACAAACAAGUCACUGAGCUAAACGAACAAUCAAAGUUACGAAGUGAGGAGUUGGCAAGGAUGAAGUUUGAAAUCAAAAGGAUGAAGAUGGAGUUGGUAGACCAGGAGACCAAGAGAAGGAAAUUACACUCUCAGUUGCAGGAUUUGAAAGGCAAUAUUCGUGUGUUUUGUCGUAUCAGAGCUGUCCCUGGUGAAUCCAAACUCAUCAAGUUUGACCUACCAGAUGAUGAUUUGAAUGAAGAUGCAAAACAAGAACUAUCAAUCGUGAAAGAAAAUGUUGGAAUAUCCAACUCUUCAAACUCGUACAGAUUCCAAUUUGACAAAAUCUUCUCAAUGAACCACGAGAAUGAAUACAUCUUUGAAGAGUAUUCUCAAUUGAUACAAAGUUGUAUUGACGGCGCAAAUGUUUGUGUCUUUGCCUAUGGACAAACAGGUUCUGGGAAGACAUUCACCAUGUCCCAUCCAGAAAAUGGAAUGAUUCCUUUGUCAAUAAAAAAAAUAUUUGACGAUAUUAAAGAGCUUGAUGCACAAGAGCAACAAUGGGAAUAUGAAAUCAGUGGGAAAUUCAUUGAGAUUUAUAAUGAAAACAUUAUUGAUCUUUUGAAUUCUCAACUGAACGAUAAACACGAAAUUAAACAUGAUGAUAUAAACUGCAAGACUAAACUUACUAAUAUCACAACUAUACCCAUCACAUCGCCUUCUCAAGCAAAUUUAAUUCUUGAGCAAGUAAAUAAAAGAAGAAGCACAGCUGCUACGAAAUCGAAUGAUAAGUCGUCUCGUUCGCAUUCAAUCUUCAUUAUUGAUAUUAAAGGUUCCAAUAAGGCAACUGGAGUGAAAACUUUUGGAACUUUAAAUCUUAUAGACUUAGCAGGUUCAGAACGUAUAAAUGUUUCACAAGUUGAAGGUGAAAGAUUAAAGGAAACUCAAGCAAUCAAUAAAUCGUUAUCAGCAGUUGGAGACGUGAUAUCCUCCUUAAACUCGAAUCAAGGAUCACAUAUUCCUUAUAGAAAUUCCAAAUUGACAUACUUGUUGAAACAUAGUCUUGGAGGGAAUUCGAAGACGCUAAUGUUUGUCAAUAUAUCUCCAUUAAGUGCAAAUUUUAAUGAAACAAUCAACUCACUAAGAUUUGCUACAAAAGUGAAUAGUACGAAAUUGGGUCAAUAA